AUGCAGCAUGUAGAAUCAACUUUCAUGUUGAGUGCAAGCAUGGUAUACUUUGAAAAGCCUUGUUAUCACCUUCUAUUUUUUCUCCUCUUACUUCCAUCCAGCCUCGCAACAAGAGAAGAAGGAGAAGCACUACUGCACUGGAAGAACAGCCUAUCCCCGUCCUCGUUCCUCGAAUCUUGGUCCUCAACCAAUCUCAACAAUCUUUGUAACUGGACUGGCAUUACCUGCAACUCCGAGGCCUCAGUAUCUGAAAUCAACCUUUCACAGAAACAACUCCAAGGAACGCUCUCUGAGUUCCGUUUCAAUUUGUUAGCAAGUCUAAAAACUUUUAUCAUCAAAAGUAACAAUUUCACUGGUCCAAUUCCGUCAGAUAUUGGAAAUUCCACAGAGCUUGAAUACCUCGAUUUCUGCUUUAAUAGUCUCAAUGGUUUUAUACCAUACCAGGUUAGUCAUCUUCAGAGGCUGCGCACCUUAAACCUGUCAUAUAAUCUCUUGGAAGCUCCAAACUGGUCCGAGUUUUCGCCCAUUCCUUCCUUGACUCGUCUUGAUCUUUCACAUAACUUCAUAAAAGGCAAUCUAGCGCAUGAAUCAGUAUUCAACAAAAUGAUAAAUCUUGAAUUCUUCUCUAUCCAUAGUAAUUCUAUUGAGGGGCCGUUUCCACCAAGUAUAAUUCAUCUUUCCAAAUUACGAAUUCUUGACCUAUCAAGAAAUAACUUUUCAGGUUCUAUUCCCCGGAAUAUAGCAAUGCUUCGUGAUCUUGAAUAUCUGAGCUUGUUUUCUAAUUCAUUCGAAGGAAGUAUACCUUCAUCAAUAGGUCUACUCAGGGAGCUUCAAUUACUAGAUCUCGGAUUUAAUUAUUUAAAUUCCAGUAUUCCUCGUGAAAUCGGGCUUUUGACUAAUCUCAGCAAAUUAUAUCUCAAUGUCAAUAGUCUUACUGGAAAAAUUCCUUCUGAGAUCGGCCUCUUGACUAAGCUCAACUAUAUAAUUCUUUACUUCAAUAAUCUGACCGGUGAUAUUCCAUCUGAAAUCGGAAACCUGAAGCUACUGACUCAGCUUCUCCUCGGUUCUAAUCAAUUGACUGGAUCGGUUGCAACCAUUUCUAAUCUCAGUAAUCUAGAGUUUCUUGGUCUACCUAAUAACAGAUUUUCUGGAACUAUUUCUCGUGACUUCUGGAAAAAACAUAAAUCGUUAUUAUACAUCGACUUCAGGAACAACAAUUUGUCAGGAAACAUUCUGGGAUUUGAUGCUCGUCUGAAUCUUACUUUCAUUAAUCUAAGCGGAAACCAUUUUACAGGUGAGAUUCCUGCAACUAUUUGCAAUGUCACAUCCCUUGAGAUUCUUGAUCUCUCGGACAAUGAAUUAAAAGGUGCCCUUCCACGUUGUCUGGGAAAGCUUGCUGAUAAUCUGCAUACCAUGGUUCUUGGUAAUAAUCAGCUUCAAGGAACGAUACCAACAACCUUCACCAAGAGCUGUCACCUAGCAGUUUUAAACACGGAAAGCAAUCACUUUGAAGGAACGCUGCCCCAAGCUUUAGCAAACUGCAAGGACUUGAAAAUUCUUAAUAUGGGAAACAACCACAUUGGAGGUAUAUUUCCGUCAUGGCUAAGUACUUUUGCACAGCUAGAAGUCCUUGUCUUGCGAUCAAAUAGACUUCACGCUGAAGUAAAUAUAGGUUAUACAACGCGUCCCUUCCCUAAGUUGCGAAUUGUGGAUCUCUCUAACAAUGAAUUGAAUGGCUAUUUGCCAAUUCAGUAUUUUUAUAAUAUGAGGCCGAGUAAUAAGGGAUAUGAUUAUGUCAUUACAAAAGAGAAUUUCGAGUACUUUUACCAAGCAUCAGUCUCACUAAGUGUGAAAGGGACAGAGUAUGAAGUGAAACAAAUCCUUUAUAUUUACACAGCCAUUGAUCUGUCGCGCAACAAAUUUCAAGGGGAAAUUCUAGAGGUCACUGGAGAGCUUAGAUCGCUUGCGUUGCUAAAUUUAUCUCAUAAUAGUCUUACAGGGCCUAUCCCGUCAUUGCUGGGGAAUAUGGAAGCACUCCAGUCUCUAGAUUUGUCAUCAAACCAAUUGAUAGGUGCUAUACCCGAGCACUUAACUACUUUGACAUUUAUUGGGGCUUUGAACCUCUCGGAAAACCAUCUUACUGGAGAAAUCCCUCAAAAAGGACAGUUCAGUACUUUUGGCAACGAUUCAUACUUGGGUAACCGGCCCUAUGUGGACUUCCUUUGA